UUUUUUCUCCACACACAUUGCUCAUCCUCUCCUCUACAUUCCAUUUUAAAAACUCGUCCCUUUUCUUGGAAGCCGGGACUGCUGGCUCCUAUCCUCUUUCUCUGCCCCAGUGGAUGGAGAUUCCUGGCCCAGCGAUCGAGCAAAACGCUUGAUUCGAUCGUUGCCAAAAUCUAGUGACAAGAUGGUGGAUCGCCCUCGAAGUGACAAUGCAAUAAGUGCUUUGAUGGAUCUAGCUGCGGCAAGCUCAAGUUCUAUACGCGAUGGCGAUCAACAAAUACCCCUAGCUCAAUCCCCAGCAUGGUUGUUGGGAGAUCGCCAUCACCACCAAUCCACGCCCAAUUACCCACAGAUCCUCUCUCUGGGUGGCCAAAUCCCUCUCAUCAAUGCGGCACUCCACACCUCUUUCCAGCAGGGGAGCAUCGAUCUCACGAGCAGCAUUGCGAAUCCAGGCCACAAUCGCGAGAAUCAGCAGCAGAUCAUCCUGAAUUCCAGCACCGGCUCCAUCGAGAUCGCAGCACUGGACAAGAAUUUGCUCGAGAGCACGAGCAAUCGAUCAUCGCCCGUUGUUGGCACCAAGCUCUUCCGCGGGGUGAGGCAGCGGCACUGGGGCAAAUGGGUAGCGGAGAUCCGGCUGCCCAGGAAUCGGACCAGGCUAUGGCUGGGAACUUUCGAGACCGCCGAGGAGGCCGCGUUUGCCUACGAUCAAGCAGCCUACAAGCUCCGAGGUGAGUACGCGCGCCUCAAUUUCCCCCACUUGAUCCACCACUUGCGAUCCCAAUUCUCCUCCUCCUCGUCCUCUUCAUCCUCCUCCUCGCCUUCGAUGCCGAGCAUGUCUAUCCCGAUUUCUAGAGAUUUCUUGCGAAGUCCAUCUAUGCUCGAUGCCAAGAUCGAGGCGCUGUCCAACAGAGUGUGUUUCAAGCAGCGGCGGCAGCAGUAUCAGCCGCGAGAAAUCGAGGAAAUGGAGCAUAUGUGUCGCGCAAAAUCGGAGCCAGGGCCGGGAGGAGGAUCGAUCGGGGUUUCCAGCGCCCAGAAUGGAUCUAGCAGCGGCAAAGGCGUGAUGGACGGUGAUCACUGGGCGGAGAUUGACGAGAGCCUGCACAAGAGCACGCCAAUGCUCGCCGAUCUCACCUGGGACGUGCUGGGGGGUGAUUCUUCUGGAUCAUCCAGAGUUCCAAUCCAGCUCUAAAGACUUGAAAGAAGAUUUCUCGCAUUCUCGGCGUGUGGAUUUCCAAUCAAAGCUCAUUGACCGAUGUUUCUUUUGGAUCA